GGGGUGUAUGAUAUAAAACCUCCUAAAGGAAGUGCAAAUCAUACGCCUGGUUUCACAGAUGCUGCUAAAACUGAAUUUGCGCACGAAGCUACGCUAACUGCCUCAAAGGGAAUCGCAUUAACUGGUAUAGAUUAUUUGGUCGAUGAUGGUUUUGCUAGACUAGUUAAGUCGGCUUUUGAUGCAUAUGUUGAUAAAACACCUUUACGUUUUAGACAUCAUCAUGGUGAUUUCAGCGAUAAUUUAAGAGGUUACAAGUAA